CGUCUGCGGUCGUGCGCUCGGACAUCUCUGUGGGAACCAAAAUUACCCGUCAGCAUCCUAUAUUCUGAUCCACGGGUGACCAGCAGACUGUGUCGCACUGAGCUGUUGCGCAUAUUUUCGAAGCAUUCUAAGAGGAACGCCGUGUUCUUCAGUUACCGGAAAUACUGCGACGCAAGGAAACCUUUAAGGAUGGCCGCUUACAAGCUGGUGUUAAUUCGUCAUGGCGAGAGCUGCUGGAACCAGGAAAACCGCUUCUGCGGCUGGUUUGAUGCCGACUUAAGUGACACUGGAGUCCAGGAGGCCCAGCGAGGUGGUCUCGCCUUGAAAGAGUCCGGCUUUGAAUUUGACAUAUGCUACACCUCAGUUCUGAAGCGCGCAAUCAGAACCCUGUGGUUGGUUCUGGAACAGACUGACCAGAUGUGGCUACCAGUGCACCGAACCUGGCGUCUGAAUGAGCGGCACUACGGUGGUCUGACUGGGCUGAACAAAGCUGAAACAGCUGAGAAGCAUGGUGAGGCCCAAGUGAAGAUCUGGAGACGGUCAUUUGACAUUCCUCCUCCACCCAUGGAUGAGGAUCAUGACUUCUACACCAAUAUCAGCAAGGACCGUCGCUACGCUGACCUGUCCGAUGACCAACUACCUUCCUGUGAGAGCCUGAAGGACACAAUUGCGAGGGCUCUGCCAUUCUGGAACGACGAAAUUGUCCCACAAAUCAAAGAUGGCAAAAGGGUGCUGAUUGCUGCUCAUGGCAAUAGUCUGAGAGGCAUUGUCAAACACCUGGAGGGGAUGUCAGAUGAAGACAUCAUGGAGCUGAACUUACCCACUGGUAUCCCCAUCCUGUAUGAGCUGGACAAGAACCUGAAGCCUGUCAGUCCCAUGCAGUUCCUGGGAGACGAAGAGACAGUGCAGAAAGCCAUGGCAGCUGUGGCGGCACAAGGCAAGGCCAAGAAAUAGAGGGAAAGAAAAAAGAUAGUAGCACAACGCUAGUAGUGUUAUGGUGAAACAACAAUCUUUCUGGACACAUUCAUGGAAGAUAAUCCAAACAUAGUCUACACACUGCUAGUUCACCUCCUAAUUCGUAGCCUGUAUUUCACUGUCACUUAUUGACCACACAAGCCAUAGCCUAGGCUACAUUUUAUAUAAGAGGUGCAUGGAAUUAUGUCUAGUGAUUUCAAACAAUAGGCCUAUAUUGUAAAUGUACGCCAGAAAAGUAUCACAAAUGACAGUGCUUUAAAAGUACAUACGUAAAGAUUGAAAAUAAAAUGAAAUUGAUGCUUCCAAAUAUGUGAUACUUGUAUGUCUUUGUGACAAUAAGCAGGCAAUACCAAGACAUUGCAGUUAAAAAAAUGCAAACAUGCUUCAUGUAAAAACAAGUCUUUGUGCACUGAUGUUUUGACAAUUCACUAGCCUCUCCUUAAGCAUAUUGUUUUCCAGCCCCAACUGUGACUGAAUUUAGAAGAUUAUGUGAAAAAAGUGCUUUGGACGCUAUAUUGUAUGCUGCAUUCCAUUGUUUGAAACACCUUUAACUUGUGUCAUGUCAUAAACGAGAAGACAAAAUGCUGUAUUAAAAGAAAGAGUAAAUCUUGAUUAUAUAAAAAAAAAUA